AGCAAGCAGAUUUCCGUUCCUAAAAAACUUAACAAUAAGUAAUUAGUCGCCGGAAAUAUCUCUCUUUCUCUCCGGUUCCACCGUACAUUUUCCCUCCAACCGCGAACUCCUAGUGAGGGGAGAGAUUGAUCAAUUGUAGUAUUAAGGUAGGGUUUUUGAAGUGGUGCAGGUAACUUUAAAAUGGAGAGAUUAGGAUCGGAGGCGGCGUUGGCGGAGAUGGAGUCGAGCAUGACGGAGGAUCUCUCAAUGGAGAUUAAUCCGCCCUUCAAGGAGAAUCUCGCCACCUCCAAGGACUGGCGGAAGGCACUCAACAAGGUGGUCCCCGCCGUAGUCGUCCUCCGCACCACUGCCUGCCGCGCCUUCGACACUGAGUCAGCUGGUGCCUCAUACGCCACCGGCUUCGUCGUCGACAAGUCCCGCGGAAUUAUUCUUACGAACCGCCAUGUUGUCAAGCCAGGCCCCGUUGUGGCGGAAGCUAUGUUUGUGAACCGUGAAGAAAUUCCAGUGCAUCCGAUUUACAGAGACCCUGUUCAUGAUUUCGGAUUCUUCCUUUACGACCCUUCUGCUAUAAAGUUCCUUAGCUAUGAUGAGAUCCCUCUUGCUCCUGAGGCUGCAUGUGUGGGGCUUGAAAUUCGGGUGGUCGGAAAUGAUAGUGGUGAAAAGGUCUCUAUUUUAGCAGGAACUCUUGCUCGCUUGGAUAGAGAUGCUCCACACUAUAAAAAGGAUGGCUACAACGACUUCAACACAUUUUACAUGCAAGCAGCUUCUGGGACAAAAGGUGGUUCAAGUGGCUCUCCAGUAAUUGACUGGCAAGGUAGAGCAGUUGCCUUGAAUGCUGGGAGCAAGACAUCCAGUGCUUCAGCAUUUUUCUUACCUUUAGAAAGAGUUGUGAGAGCCUUAGGAUUCUUGCAGAGAGGAAGAGAAUCCAUUAGCAACACAUGGGAGGCUGUCACAAUUCCCCGUGGUACGCUUCAGGCUACAUUUCUUCACAAAGGAUUUGAUGAGACACGUAGACUUGGCCUCAGAAGUGAAACAGAACAGCUAGUGCUGCUUGCUUCUCCACCAGGUGAAACUGGAAUGCUUGUGGUUGACUCAGUGGUGCCAGGUGGUCCAGCCCAUAAGCAUUUGGAGCCAGGUGAUGUGCUGAUUCGAUUGAAUGGGGAGGUGAGUACCCAGUUUCUGAAGAUGGAGACAUUGCUUGAUGAUAAUGUCAACAAUAAAAUUGAACUCCAGAUUGAAAGGGGUGGCAAACCUUUGACUUUAGACUUAACGGUUCAGGAUUUGCACUCGGUCACACCUGACUACUUUCUUGAAGUCAGUGGUGCAAUCAUACACCCUCUAUCUUAUCAACAGGCCAGGAACUUCCGCUUCCAGUGUGGUCUUGUAUAUGUUGCUGAACAAGGGUACAUGCUAUUCAGAGCUGGAGUUCCACGCCAUGCUAUUAUUAAGAAGUUUGCUGGAGAAAACAUAGCAAGACUCGAUGACUUCAUUUCUGUUUUAUCUAAGUUGUCAAGGGGCGCUAGAGUACCAUUGGAGUAUAUCACUUAUACUGAUCGUCAUCGAAGAAAGUCUGUCCUGGUGACAGUCGAUCGCCAUGAAUGGUAUGCCCCUCCUCAUAUAUACACUCGUAAUGACAGUACUGGUUUGUGGACAGUGAAGCCAAUGUUACCAUUAAACUCUUCACUGGAAUUAUGUGUUAAUUCAACCGAACAAGCUCUACCAAGCAAUAUUUCAUCAUGUUCUGCCGAGGUUACUCCAAUGGAACCUGCACAUCAAUCCGUUGGCCAAAAACCGACGAAUGGUGUGGCUAGUAUGGAAACUAGUUGUGAAGAAAUUGAUGAUGGUUCACAUUCUGUGGAUGAAUCUGAUGCUGGGUCAAAGAAAAGGAGGGUUGAAGAUGAUUCUACUGAUGGUGUUUUAUCACCUGAAUGCACCUUGCAUGAAUCUCGGGAAGUAAGAUUGGAGGAGACUGGACCAGAAACUGAGACAGUUCCGAGAGAUUUUCCAGGUGCAGCAGCUGCAACAAAUAAUGUUUCAGUAGCUGAGCGAGCGAUUGAGCCUACCCUAGUGAUGCUGGAGGUUCAUGUGCCAUCAUCUUGUAUGCUUGAUGGUGUGCACUCGCAGCAUUUCUUUGGAACUGGUCUUAUCAUAUAUCAUUCUCAAACCAUGGGAUUGGUUGCUGUUGACAAAAACACUGUUGCGGUGUCCGUAUCUGAUGUCAUGCUGUCUUUUGCUGCCUACCCAAUUGAAAUUCCCGGCGAAGUUGUUUUUCUCCAUCCGGUGCACAAUUUUGCACUUGUUGCAUAUGACCCUUCCUCUCUUGGUCCCGGUGCUUCGGUAGUUCGAGCUGCUGAACUUCUUCCCGAACCCGCAUUACACCGUGGAGAUUCUGUGUGUCUUGUGGGGUUAAGUAGGAGUCUGCAGGCAACUUCUCGUAAAUCUUUUGUUACAAAUCCUUCUGCUGCUCUGAAUAUUGGCUCAGCUGACUGUCCAAGAUAUAGGGCAACCAAUAUGGAAGUAAUUGAGCUCGAUACAGAUUUUGGAAGUACAUUUUCUGGUGUUCUCACAGAUGAUCUUGGAAGGGUUCAAGCUAUUUGGGGAAGCUUUUCAACACAGCUCAAAUAUAGUUGCAGUUCAUCCGAAGACCAUCAAUUUGUUCGAGGCAUUCCAAUUUAUUGGAUUAGUCAGACUCUUGACAAAAUAAUAUCUGGUGCCAAUGAGCCUACCCGUCUCAUAAAUGGAGUUAAGAGGCCCAUGCCAGUUACUAAAUUACUGGAGGUUGAGCUUUAUCCCACUUUGCUCUCCAAAGCUCGUAGCUAUGGCCUAAGUGACUCGUGGAUACAGGCACUGGUGAAGAAAGACCCUAUUAGGCGUCAAGUUUUGAGGGUUAAAGGUUGCUUAGCAGGAUCUAAAGCUGAAAAUCUGCUAGAACAAGGUGACAUGGUUUUGGCAAUCAAUAAAGAGCCAGUCACAUGUUUCCGAAACGUUGAAGAUGCUUGCCAAGAACUAGACCGGUGUAGUGACAAUGAUGGGAAGCUCAAAAUAACAAUAUUUCGUCAGGGCCGUGAAAUUGAGUUACUGGUGGGGACAGACGUGAGGGAUGGAAAUGGAACCACACGUGUCAUAAAUUGGUGUGGUUGUAUUGUCCAGGAUCCUCAUUCGGCUGUACGAGCCCUUGGAUUUCUGCCUGAAGAAGGUCAUGGCGUGUAUGUGGCAAGGUGGUGUCAUGGAAGUCCUGUUCAUCGGUAUGGUUUAUAUGCUCUUCAGUGGAUUGUAGAAGUAAAUGGGAAGCCAACUCCUGAUUUAGAUGCCUUUGUUGCCGUGACAAAGGAAAUAGAGCAUGGGGAAUUUGUUCGUGUUAGAACUGUUCACUUGAAUGGAAGGCCUCGGGUAUUUACACUGAAGCAGGAUUUGCACUACUGGCCUACGUGGGAACUGAGUUUUGACCCUGAAACUGCAAUGUGGCGUCGAACUACGAUCAAGUCAGUCGACUGCAGCAAGGCUAUGUGAUUCGGGUGUUAGUCUCAAUGUAUUAGCUUUAUUCAAUACUAUUAUUGUCUUUUACAGUAUUUCAUAACCGCCAAUUUGUUUAGACCACAAGCCAUAAAAAUUUGAAACUAGCAUUGAAUUAUUUGUUGUACAUUAUGAUCGCAAGAAUAUUUAUAACGGAGGUUAUAGAUACAUAUACAUGUAGAGAUGGUAGAGUGCAUCUGUGCAUGAACAAUAAAUAUUUCGCUAUUUUCCAAUUCAAUAUUUUUCUGACC